ACUUCUCAACGUUCACUCCGUCAGACUCAAUUUCUGAUGCGAGUUUAUUGCUUGGUGAUCUAAUUUUUAAGAGAGACGUUUGUUUGUAACCUUCAUAAAAUGAUCGGAAAAUGUUCAAAUCCUUUAUAUUCGCUCGGUUAAAUUGUUUAUAUCCUCCCACGGGGUCCUUAUAGUGCUUCGAUAGCUUCCAGCUAGCAAGUUGGCUAACUGUCCAUUCAGGACCAUGGCAAGUGCAUCCAGUGCUAACCUGAAUGCAGUCCGAGAGACUAUGGACGUGUUACUGGAGAUCUCAAGGCUGCUCAACACAGGUCUGGACAUGGAGUCUCUGUCCAUCUGUGUGAGAUUGUGUGAGCAGGGCAUCAACCCAGAAGCUCUGUCUUCGGUUAUCAAGGAGCUGAGGAAAGCCUCCGAGACCCUCAAGGCUCCCGAAAACUGCACGAACUAAAGAUGAAACGUUCCCUUUGCUCUCCUAAGUUAGACUGCAGCCGUCGCUCGUCCCUGCACCAUGGAAGCUCCAACCAUUAUGGCCGCACUCUCGUCCCUCGUGUCCUCUCCUUCCCUUGGGUGCAGAUGACAGUCAAUUUGAAUCCCGAAAAAAUAGCACUCAGCAUCAGCUAGUUGUGAGUUGUAAGUGAACACUUGUCAUCUAUAAUAAAUCUAUUUUUAAUGGUGUUUAAUUU